GUGCGGCAUGUGUUGAUGAUAAAUUGUGGUGCCUCCAUUGACGUGGUAGAUGUUCUACAACCAGAGGACUGUGUUCGUUUCUAUAUUUGUGACAGCCACAGACCAGUAGACGUACACAAUGUGUUCAAUGCAGUUCAAGUCAAGCUUCUCAUGAAGGAGGAUGAUUUUGAUGACAACCCAAUUCCAGAAUAUGACACAGUCUUCAGGGAAGAACAGUCAGAUGAUGACUCUGGCAAUGACAGCGACGACUCAGAGAGGUCAGGAAAAAGACGAAGAUUUGACGACGCUUCCAUUGAGAAACGCAGAGAAAGGCGACUGUGGGAAGAAAACAGAACCAAGAUUUUAUUUGAAUACACGCAAUUUUCAACUUUUGGAACAUCUGCAGCUUUUAUCAUGUUUGAGUUGGCAUGGAAGAUGUCUAAAGACACUAAUGACCUGUUAUGGUUAGCAAUUCUGGGUGUGACAGACCAAUUUCUUCACUAUAGAACAACCAGGGACAAGUAUAUAAAUGACAUCAUCACAUUACAGGCUCACGUUUCUAGACAUAACCACAGAGGAGAAGAGGAUGACAAUUUGAUAUCUGUGAACUGUCUGAAGAUCUCUUACGAGGAUGAGUUGUUACUCACCCUCUACAGACACUGGUCAUUGUUUGAGAGUAUCUGUCAUUCUGUGGGCACAGCAUGCAAAUUCAAAAUCUGGACCCUCAAGGGACAGAAAAGACUGCAUGAGUAUCUGGCAGAGAUGGGGUUACCUUUGACACAAUGUAAACAAAAGUUCAAUGCCAUGGAUUCCACUCUGAAGAAAAACAUAAAAGCCAUGAUACAAGAAAACAUGGAAAAAUACGGGUUAGUUGCAGAUGAUGUUGUCAUUCCCUCAUAUAAUGCCCAGUACGGAUUUAAAAACAAACUGUGUGCAGCAGAUGUAACUCUGGCCUGCUCUGCUACACUGGAGUCCAUUGAAAAAGGCAACAGUCCUACAGACAAUUUUCUGAAAGCCCUGGAUGUUUUGAAUAGGUCUAACGUAGAGUCCUUAGAGAAGGCAAUAGACCUGGCCAGGAAACAGCUGCAGGCAGUGGUGGCUCAGGUCCAGACCUUCCUAGACAUUCACCAGGUUAUCUCAGCAGGCCCAUUCCUCUAUACAUUCAUCCAGGAAGGUACCCAGGAUGUGAAGUUCUUUUCCAAACCAAACUGCCUGGUGAGACUAGCGAGAUUUACACUGGAAGCCUACUGU